AUGGCACUUGCAGUUGGGCACGAGUCGCACCUUCGUAUCUUCGAAAUUAUGAGCGAUGCAACCAUUCUAAGAUCAAGUCGAGAAGAGCAGGACCAAACAGAUCAGGCUCGAACAGAUCAGGUUCGAGAAGAUCAGGUCCGAGCAGAUCAGGCCCGAACGGGUCAGGCCCGAACAGAUCAUACACGAACAGAUCAGGCCCGAGCAAAGCAGGACCUAACGCAGCAGGCCCGAACAGACCAGGCCCGAACGGAUCAGUCCCGAACAGAUCAAGCUCGAGCAGAUCAGGCCCAAACAGAUCAAGUUCGAGUAGAGCAGGACCAAACAGAUCAGGCUCGAACAGAUCAGGUUCGAGAAGAUCAGGUCCGAGCAGAUCAGGCUCGUGCAAAGCAGGACCUAACGCAGCAGGCCCGAACGGAUCAGGCCCGAACCGAUCAGGUUCGAGCAGAUCAGUCCCGAACAGAUCAAGUUCGAGAAGAGCAGGACCAAACAGAUCAGGCUCGAACAGAUCAGGUUCGAGAAGAUCAGGUCCGAGCAGAUCAGGCCCGAACGGAUCAGGCCCGAACAGAUCAUACACGAACAGAUCAGGCCCGAGCAAAGCAGGCCCGAACGGAUCAGUCCCGUGCAGAUCAGGCCCGAGCACAACAUAUCGGAGCACACCAGACCCGAGCAGAUUAG